AUGGGCGUGCUCGAGGAGGAGCACGCGGGCUUCCAGUCGACGCUCGCGGACCUGCGCCGGCUCUUCACGAAGCGCCGCGCCGCCGCCGAGGGCCUGGACGCCGCCGUGCGCGGCCGCGAGGCGAGCGACGCCGAGGCCGUCCGCGAGGGCGCGCGCGUCAUCGAGCUCGAGGCGCGCGUCGAGGCGCUGGAGGCCGCCGACGACGGCGCCGCCGCGGCGCCGGCGGCCGCGGAGUCGGACCCCGGCGCGCGGGGCGGCGCGGCGCCGGCCGCCGCGGCCGAGGCCGCGGACGAGGCCGCCGCGGCCGACGACGACGACGACGACGGCGGCGCGGGCGGCGACGACGACGACGACGACGACGGCGGCGCGGGCGGCGGCGACGACGACGACGAGGAGAUCUCCGACGACGGCGAGGAGGAGGACGGCGAGGAGGAGGACGCGGCCGGCGCCCUCGACGACGACCCGGCGCUCCCCGGCGACAACGACCCCCGGACCCAGGAGCGGGAGAUCAUCGAGAUCGACGACGACGACGAGGAGGAGGACGUCUAG